AGGCAUGUAUCGCUGGAGUUAUCUGUGCAGAAUAUCUCUGUUCAUCUUGCUGUCAGCGGGACAUGAAAAUGUUUCAGACACGCCACAGAUAAGCACAACGUUGGCAACCACGACGGCAAUACCUUACCGUUCCCGAUAUCCAUAUGUCGUCUCGAUUGGUGUAAGCAUAAAAGGAUACUACAAGCACCUCUGUGUGGGAGUGAUUAUUGCGGAUGCAUUUGUGCUAACCGCUGCCCACUGUAUUAAAACGAAGCAACAUCAAAAAUCAAAAAUGUUUGUUGCCGCUGGCGACGAUUUGCUUAAGAGUCGGCUGCAGUCACAAUUUGCCGUGGUUGCGAAAUUGAGCCAUCCCCAUUUUAAAAUACUUAAAGGAAACGAUAUCGCCCUGUUGAUGGUGACUCCGAAAUUUCCGCUGGACGAUAUCCGAUUCCAAAGCAUUAAGUUAUUAAGCAGGUCGCAAACGAGUAAGGACGACAAUCUUUCUCUGCUUGGGUGGGGACGAGUUACUGUCGGCAGCAAGAUGAACAAGCUCCAGGAGAUGCCCUACGAGGUGAUGGAAAAUGAUGUGUGUAAGAAGAAACACCGAUUCGUGUUCCUUACCAGGACGGAAUUUUGUGCAACGCACUUAAAAGGACCUAGGGGCGCCUGUGACGGAGACUCGGGGGGCCCUUUGAUGAAUUUGGCAGAACAUACGCUUUAUGGCUUACUCUCAUAUGGCAGAAAAGCCUGCGUACCACUGCAGCCCUAUGCUUUUACUAGAGUUAGUGAAUAUUUAAAUUGGAUUGAAGAAUCAAUGAAUCAUCUGAGUAGGAGACAUAAUGUUCUAAAGGUUAAUCGAAGGACAAGGAAGGACACGACUAAAUUUGGAUAG